AUGGCAAUUGGAAAAUCCAAGAACCAAGCUUUUGGGUAUGUGAAGAGCAAGAUAAGCAACAAGCUGCAAGGAUGGAAACAAAAAUUGCUAAGCUCAGGAGGGAAAGGAGUGCUGAUCAAAGUUGUUAUCAUGGCAAUUCCAAACUAUACAAUGUCCUGCUUCAAACUUCCUAAAAGCCUGUGUAAGGAUAUUAGCUCAAGAAUAGCAAAGUAUUGGUGGGAAAAUGGUGAAAAGGAGAACAAAGUGUAUUGGCCCACUUGGAAGAAACUGAUAGAGGUGAAAGGCAAAGGAGGGAUUGGUUUCAGAGACUUGGAAGCACUUAAUAUAGCUCUGCUUGCAAAACAAAUUUGGAGGUUCAUCAUAGCUCCAAAUUUGUUAGUAAGCAAAGUUAUCAAGUCUAAGUACAUGAGAGAUCACUGGAUGGAUAAGAAACCCCCUAACUCAGCUUCUUGGACCUAG